AUGCGAAUGGAAGUUCGAGACGGGAAGAAGACAGCAAAUCUCGACCUAUUUCGCCCUCUCAUUCGAGCUGUCGUUGACAACAAUACCAACGACAAUGCCAUUUGGGCUGCCGUCUUUUGCCUCCUCGACCCCCGCGCCACCAUCGCACAAACGCCUGUUGAUACCAACUCGACUUGGGGCAUCCCACUGUUGCCGUCGUCGACAGACAAGGACAAGAACCUGUGGGAAGAGAAAAUCAAUGACUGUCCCAUUAACCCACCAACCGGGCACGUCAUCAGCAGGUUUCGUACAGUUGAGCAACUGCUGGAAUCUAUGCGAGAUGCGAUCAAAACACACCGAUAUCUCUACCUCACCCGCAACAUUCUCCACCGCAGUAUCUCUCCAAACAACAUCAUCAUAACGAACCCCAAAAUCACAAAUGGCCUAAAGGGCAUGCUGAUCAAUUUGGACAUGGCGGCCAAGGUUCGAGAGGACGGCCAGAACCCGAGCGGACAACCAACAACUGACACACUCCCGUUUAUGGCGAUUGAAGUAUUGCGCAACAUGGACCACACCUACCGCCACGACCUCGAAUCGUUCUUCUACGUCCUCCUUUGGGUGUGUGCGCGCCAAUCGUGGUCUAACGGAUUUUCCGGUAAAGACGAGCAGACACCUGAUAAGAGCUUUCUUGAUCGAUGGGGGAAUGGUCAUUUGGAGCAUAUCGCUUUGAACAAGAAACACGACAUGGCGUCCCGAGAUUUAUAUGAAGGACUGAUGAAUCAAUUUCCAAAGUCGUUGGACCCUGUGAAGCCGCUUUGUUUCCGUAUCAGGAAGAUUCUUUUUGCCCCGUAUGACCAAAAGGGAAGGAUGCUCUUGGGAACCCCGGAAGGAAACCCGGAUCAGCUCUAUAGGCCUAUUAUAGAUGCUUAUAAUCAGGUUAUUGACAGACUGUAGAGGGCGCACAGUAAUGAGGGGAAGUACAAUGGAAAAUGUGGUUGAUCUCUUGUUGUUUGAGUGGUAAAGGUAAGGAGGAACUCAGUCUAGAAAGAAGGGCAGUUCGCAGUCCGAUGGGUUUGGGUGCUUGGUCAGGGACAGUCGUUUAAACACGGGACACAGUCAUUUUAGUAAGCUUGAUCUUGGUUAGCCAUUUCAGGGCACGGAUAUCUCCAUGCUACUAAACGCAAGCAGUGAUCCGUGCGUUUCCCUGC